CGCCAAUCUACUCAAACUUCGAAGCGCACACACCGCAGUUAACAUGUCUGUCAAGUUCGUUCCCCGCCCAAGCGAUGCUCGUGGCCACGCCGACCAUGACUGGCUGAAGACCUUCCACACGUUCUCGUUUGCCUCGUACCAAGAUGAUGAACAUUCGCAAUAUGGUCCCCUUCGCGUCAUUAAUGAAGACCGUGUGGAUGCUCACACAGGCUUUGGUACGCACGGGCACAGCGAGUUCGAGAUUUUUUCGUAUGUCGUCGCGGGAGAACUCGAGCACGGCGACUCCAUGGGUAACCGGGAAGUGCUGAAGCGCGGUGACCUACAAAUGACGUCCGCUGGCACUGGAAUCAGGCACAGUGAGAAGGCUCAUGGCGAGAAGCAGGUGCAUUUCCUGCAAAUAUGGGCACUCCCCAACAAGGGUGGGCUUAAGCCUCAGUACUUCACAAGGCACUACUCUGAUGAAGAGAAGAAAGACAAGUGGUGCAAGGUUGUCGCGCCAGCGGGUUCCGACGGUGUCACCGAGAAGCGCGAGGCCUCGGGUCCUGCGCCUGUACACUCUGAGGUCACGAUGUACGCGUCCAUCAUAUCGCCCUCGUCCACCCUGUCGCAUACCCUGUCGAUCUCGGACAUCGCCCCUCGCAAGGCCUACGUCCACCUCAUCCAAACAUCCGGCUACAACCCCGGAAAAGCUGACGGUGCACAGAUAAAGCUAAAGAGUGCGUCGGGCGAAUCACUAGUUCUUCGCGAGGGCGACGGGGUCUAUAUCGCGGGAGACUCCGGGGCCACAAUCGAGGUGCAAAAUGAGGGUGACAAAGCGGCCGAGCUCAUUCUGUUCGACCUGGAAUAAACGGCCUUCGGCGGUCUCUCGAUGCGACUUCUGCGGACCUGCUGUACGAUAUCUGUUCUUCUGUUGAGUACCAGCUAGUGUAUUUGUAACGUAAUUUCAUGAGCUAUCGUGGCCCCGUGAUG